AUCAAAACCCCUCCACGGCGCGUUCUUAGGGUUCCCUCCCUCUCUCUCCUCCGUCCGGGCAACUCCACCCCCAGCCCCCAACCGUACCGGCGGCGGCGGCGGCGAACCCGCGCAGCCCAGGCGCCAUGGCCGCGCCGGAGGCACCCACGUGCUACGUCGGGGUCGCGCGCCAGUCCGCCGCUUUCCGCCUCAUGAAGCAAAUGGGAUGGGAAGAAGGUGAAGGCCUCGGGAAAGACAAGCAGGGUAUAAAGGGGCAUGUCAGAGUGAAGCAAAAGCAGGACACACUAGGUGUUGGUGUGGACAAUCCUCAGAACAAAUGGGCAUAUGAUACCACCCAGUUUGAUGACAUACUAAAGAAACUGAAAGUGCAAUCUACUACUCCUGCUAAAGAAAUUGAGGAUGUAACCAGUUCACCUGACAGUACACCCAAGAAAGAUAAACCUGCAAAAGAUGAAGUCGCUAAAGUUACGCGGCCUCAAGGAAGAUACAAGAAAAGGGAGAGGGGGAAAAGUGUGAGGGGUUAUUCAGCAGUUGAUCUUGAAGGCAUACUUGUUCGGAAAAAGGAAAGUGAUUGCGAGGCAGAUCAGGAAGUUCAGCCAUCAUGCAUGGAAGAGCCUGAUAUCACCAUCGGUCAGGGUGCAGUGUCCCAAGCUGAAGAUGUGAACUGGUGGGGGCACAAGUUUGGAUAUGUAUCAGGAGGCUUUUUAGGAGCAAAAUCUCGCAAGAAUCGAAAAGAUAAUUCUAAUGUCCGUCAGAUGUUUGGGGAAGAUGAUCAAGAAAAUCUGUACAACCUUGUUCAGGACAAAGCUACCUCUGGAAAGCAGGGUCUUGGCAUCAAGGACCUGCCGAUGAAAGUUGGUGGCCAGCGUUGGAAGGGUAACAAAACCUCUCUUGGCGAUAGUGAUGAGGAAAAUUCAACCCAGUCUGAAUUAUCAGAAGUGGAAGAGGAUGAAGACGAGGAAGGAUCUGCUAGCGAUGCUGAGAUAAAUGAAUCAAAGCAGAAAGCAGCAGAAGAAGUUUGUGUGGAUGCUAAACCCAAAACAAAGUUCAAGAAACUUUGCAAAAAAAUUCUUCGUCAGGCCCCAUCUCAGUCCAUGAAAUUGAAGGAGCUUAAGGAAGCUGUUGAGUCACAAUCAACUAUAUUCUCCGACUUCUCCUGUAGACGUGAAGCUCUUUCAUUCUUGAAGAGGAAGCUCCAGGGAAGCAAGAAAUUCAAUCUGGAGGGCAAAAGAGUGCAUCUUGUAUCAUGAAGCAAAUACGAAGCCUAUGGGACGCCAUGCGAUUUUGUGUCUGGCUCCUGCAUUCAUAUAUUUGCUGAUUGUUGCUUCAGACGAGUAUACAUAUAGGCUGCGCACUCAAAUGGCACGGUAUAGAUGUCAGGAGUCAUAGGCCCUCAGAACGGGGCCCAAAAUUUUGCAAAUCUUGCUAGCUGCUGAAAAAUUGGAAGUGUGUGCUGAGUUAUCUGUAUCGUAAUAUCCAUGUAGCUGAUGCAUUUAUAGGUGUUUGUAAUUCUUUUGGUUGGGUGCAGACUUGUAUUUGGAUGAUGUGGUUAUGCCUCCUGUGCAUUGGCCGUCUAGGGUUUUAGAACUCUCUUAUAAGUCUGCAAACUCAGUUUGCUCCAUAAGUUUCCACAUGCAUAUGAUCAUCAACUAUUUUAUCCC